ACCGACUUUUAAUCUUUUAUCAAACAUGAGCAUAAUGAUACGUACCAAAUAAGUACCACGCAAUCUAGUCCUACUACAAAAAUAGGGGAUUCAGAAUCUGCAUCAUCGUUUAAUUCAACUAGCACUGCGUCCGCUGAUCGCAGAGGUCCACACCAAAAUGUCAUCGGCUAUUCCAUGUACGGCAGCAAUUUCUCCGAGCCAAGAUUUUACAACUUGUACUUGAAGUCCUUUACUGAAACUCUCAAGACGAUUCCGAUCAAGUAUCCAGGGUGGGUGGUGAGGAUUUAUCUCGAGCUGAGGAGCGACGACGUGGAAAGUUGGAAAGUGUUUAACAAAGUCCUCGAUUUGGGAACUAACAGCAGUCGUGACCACAUUGAUCUCUGCAACGCAACUCAAGUCAUCAUGAAUCGAAAAUUGGGAGAUAUUUUCGAGAUGACUCGGCGUUGGUUACCUUUGCUGGAUGACAUGGUGGACACUUUGAUGUCGAGGGACUCGGACAGUGUCAUAAUUACUCGUGAACAAGACGCCGUGGCCGAGUGGCUGGCCAGCAACAAAACCUUUCACAUAAUGAGAGACAACCCACAUCACUGUUCAUUUUUUCUUGGAGGUUGUUGGGGAGUCAAAAUCAGCCAGCAACGCGCUGCAAUCGUUGCCACAGCCGAGAAGAUGUUGGGCGAAAAUCACUCGCACAAAAAAGGAUACGACCAACAGUUGCUGAAUGGAUUCUAUAAAUCGAUGGCUGUCAAUAGCAUGGUUGCCCAUGACAGUUACUGCUGUGAAAAGUUCAAGGGCUCACAGCCGUAUCCGACCCCGAGACAAAAUGGUGCGUUCAUCGGGGCGGCUCAGCACAACCCACCGAUUCAGCCAGUCCUAAAUGUUCCAUGUCCUGAGAGUUGUCGACCGCACAACCUGACCGGUCCAUUGGCAAUUGCUGAUUGGAGUUUCUGCUGAAAAUUGUUUGUGUCAUCCAUUUGAAAAUCUGAAAUGCUGGUUGAAAAUCCGGUGAUGGUUAAUCUGACAAAAUUGCAGCUGCGAUUGAAUUUAUUCGUGCAUCUUUUAUCAUAUUUACAUAAACUAUUCUGUGUCGUCUGACAGUUGAAUAACUAAAGAUGAUGUAAUAUGGCAUAUUACUCAUUCAAAUAAACAAAAC